AUGGCGGAACAACUACAAGUCGUGGAUUGCCGCACGGGGAACUCUUACAAGAUUCCAAUCGAUGGAGGCUACAUCCGUGCCGCUGACCUCGGCCGUAUUGGCAUCUCGGAGAGCUUCAAUGAGAACGGAGAUGUGAACGCCCCGAAAAUCCUCCGCCCCCUUAAGAUUCUUGACAAUGGCUACCAACACACGGCGUGCAUGGAGUCAAGCAUCACCUUCAUUGACGGCCAGCGCGGACUGAUUCGAUACCGAGACCACACGAUCGAGAACCUAUUCCACGACUACGUGUACGAAGAUGUCAUGUAUCUCAUCAUCUGGGGCCACCUGCCUUCAGCGGAACAGAAGAGCCACAUUCGGGAAGAAAUUAGCAAGGCCAUGACCCCACCUGAAACCGUAGUGAAGGUCAUCUCUGCGUUCCCGCGAGAUGCGGAGAGCUUCCCCAUGCUGAUUGCCGGCAUGAGUGCCUUUGCCGCUUCUGACGAAGUCAUGUGCGCGACGCGCCAUCAACAAGCCGCCAUGUUCCAAGGCCACCUCGACGUGGCCGACAAGGCCCUCCUGCGAACGAUAGCAUACAUGGCGUCGACUAUCGCGCUUAUCUACUGCCAUCAGAACGACAAGGAGUUCACACCCCCUGAGAUCGGGACCAGUCACUCUCUAUGUGGCAAUCUGCUUCGCAUGAUGGGCGUCACGAACCCCAAGGUCGAAGCCUGCCUGAACAAGCUCUGGAUCCUGUACGCCGACCACGAGAUGACCAACUCGACAGCUGCCGUCCUGCACGCCGGCUCGACGCUGAUCGACCCCCUGUCCGCCGCAACUGCCGGCGUCAUCUGCGGCUACGGGCCCCUGCACGGUGGCGCCAUUGACCUGGCCUACGAGGGCUUCAAGCAGAUCGGCACACCAGAGCGCGUGCCGGUCUUCAUGGAGCUGAUCAAGGCCAAGCACGGCAGACUCUUUGGCUACGGUCACCGGGUGUACAAGACUCGCGACCCGCGCAUAAACCUCAUCGAGGAGCUGCUGGAGGAGCACCGCGCCGCCGUCGACGCCAACCCGCUCCUGCGCGUGGCCAUGGAGAUCGACAAGUUCGCGAACCAGGACCAGUACUUCAUCGACCGCGGCCUGAAGGCCAACGCGGACCUAUUAGGCUGUUUCCUCUACACCGCCAUGGGCUUCGAUCCGCAGAUGAUCAUCGCCAUCACCAUCUUAUCGAGAGCACCAGGGGCUCUGGCUCACUGGCGCGAGAGUUUGAUGCAACCCGUGAAGCUGUGGCGACCGCAACAGAAGUAUGUGCCGCCUAUGGCGAACUAG